AUGCGUAGCUUCUCUACCUCAGCAACGAGUCCACCGCUGACGGGUGCUGCGGCUCCUGGAUCUGCCGAGUUCGUUGCCCUUAAACUUGGUCCUCGUGACCUCGGUUGCAAUCACUUUCCCAAGUAUCGGCCGUCUCUUGAAAGCAAGGACCAGAAGUAUCCAGCCGUCCUUGGAUUCUUCCAUCAAUCUCAGACUCGCCAUUCACAGGUCUGUGUCAGCGUUCUGGAGACAUGCAGGUUUUGCGUGAACUGCCUGUCCCAAGCCACGCCCGACGGCUAUGUUUUUUGGUCCAUCAUUGCCGAGGCUUGUUCGCCUGAUGCCUCGACACGCAAGAAGGAGAAUUGGCUCGCUAUCCCUGGUUCUUCGGUCAAUUACCCCCCAUUUUUCCAGGCUGGCGCGGAGGGCUUCUCCGGUCUGUCUCCUGCAGCAAUCUCUUCUACUCCGGAAGCUCAGCCUUCGACUGUUGCUAUUCCGAAGCUCCCUGGAGCGGAGCAAGCUUGGGGAUGGAUUAAUACGCAGCGAAAGCCGUUCUAUAUUGACCAGCUCCAUCUGGCCAAGAGGCCAUGGUCACACCAUGCAGAGAAGGCGGCUGAGCUGGACGUAACCAUCGUCCAGAAGUUCGGAGUCCCCUUUACAGGUGCAGCGAAGUCGAAAGCGCCCAAGCCGAAGACUCUCAAUGGUCCAGAUCCCACUGUCCCAUCACCUUCGGGAUCUUCUCAUCCUUUUGCAAGACCUCCGGGCCCAAUGGGGCAGCCUCAUGGGCGCAGUGCCAGCACUCCAGCUCACCUUCAGCCAGAGGUGAAGUCCUCUCGCAAUCCCAAACUCCACACAGAUCCAACUGUUCGCUCUUCCACCACGCGAUCAGUGUCUUCUAGCAAUUUCGUCGAUGAACUGUUCAUUUCUCAAAACUCGCACGUUUCACUUUCGUUUUCCCCUUCGCCACCCCAAUCAGGCUCAUCUUUUCUCCAGCAAUCUCAGCCUACCAAUCCGACGGCCUCGCCGCUAGGACGACCUGUUAGUUUAGAACAUCCUGGCUCUCUUGUUCCUGGUCUUCAAAAACCGACAGAGGUCAAACGUAAGCCCAUCAAAGCUUAUAUUGAUCCGUCAAGCUCCAAGACAUUGCCAGAAACAAGUAACAAAUCCUCCACCACGGGUAUGGUACCUAGCCCUUUGAAGCCGCAGAAGGGCACACCGACCACAGCUCAACCCGCAACGACGAUCGAGAAGGCGACCGCGCCAGCGAAGAGCCCCAAGAACGACCCAGCCCAAAACCGAAGCAAUACUGCGUCAUUGGCUUCCCCUGGUCAAGAAUCGUUGUCCCUAAAAGGAUCUUCCUCCAAUGACACGGCAGCCGAUUCCUCGUCGCGAAGAGUCGUGAGCACGGCAUCUGCUGCUUCGACCUCUAUAUCAAAAACGCUCGUGUCAACACACAGCACUUCUAUCACCCAGUCGUACACAUCUGAUGUCGACGCAUAUCACGGUGCGUCGUCUACCAAGCCUGGUCAUGUUAAGUCUACCAUCGUCGGAUCGAGCACCCGUCUGUCUACACUCGAGAGUCACGGGUCUGCGGCGAACGCCAAAUCACCAAGACAAUCCACUACCAAUCGGUCUAGUCACGAUCCAGCCUCCCUCAAUAGAGCAACUGCCCCCCAACUACCCAAGGAGAAGUUGCCCACGGCAAGACCGACCACGAGCAGUUCGUCCAACCCUCUCUCCCUUAACAAACCCGCGGCUGCUCCAGGCCCCGCUCCCUAUACGCAGAGAGCCGCAAAUCCAUCAGAGAACGAGCCUGGACGUCUAGAUUUGAAGGUAGGCCGCGUCCAAGACUCCCAUGCGGUGAGACAAGUAUCUGCCGAUCGUAGUUUUGAGCUACACACAACCCAUGCCCCUGGCACCGCCCCAGUAAGGCAACCGCGUUUCGUCUCAAAGGAGACAGCAGCGGGGGGCGUCGAGCGAGUGCCUGUCAAAUCAGCCUUGGAAGUGAGCAAUAAGCACCAAGUCAAGCCUGUUUCCUCACGUUUAGAGGCUGUGACGCAACAGACUUCUCAACAAAAUUUCAAACCCACGGUCAAUAAGACUGUUCAACCGAGUUCCCAGCAAAAUCUUCACGGGACGAUAGAAGCAGGAAGUCGAAUCCAGGCAACAUCAGGUUUGGCAACCCCAACGGCAAAGAAACAGCCGAUUGUCCAACAGCAACAGACUUCCAGGUUGGCCGGAAGCCAACAGGAGAAAGCUGCUAGUUCCUCAAGCGUAAGGCCCAAAAACGAAAAGGUUGUUCAAAAGACUUCUCAUCCUGGUCUUCGACAAAUCCCCAGCGGUGACCAAAGAGUUCUGGACGCUGGUCUUCAACGUCAAGUGAACACUAACUCUCCAAAUCCAGGAGCAAAGAGCAAACAAUCUGACCAUACAAUACAAGCCGUUACCCAGCAAAACUUAAACCAAAAUAUACACCAGAACAUCCAUCAGAACAUCCAUCAGAACAUCCAUCAGAAUAUUCACCAAGAUACCCAGCAGCAGAACAUCCAGAACAACGUUCAGCAGGGCUUGCAGAAACAAACCAUCCAGCCCCAGAACAUUCAACCCGAAAAAUUAAAGCCACAAAUUAUCCGGCACAAUGUUCAACAAAGCUUCCAUCAGCAGAACAUUCAGCAGCAAAUGAGAAACAAUGCUCAACAGAACUUCCAUCAACCUUCCACACGAGUUGUCGGACAGGAUCUCCCACACCCUUCUAAGCAGCCUUCACAGGGAGUCCCGAGCACCGAAGGCACACGUCUGAUGACGCCUAAAUCUUCUGGUCCGAAAGCAGGCGGCGAACAAAAUGCUCAAGGGACUCCCCAACAGUUUAGCCCAUGGAAUAUACAGCAGUCUGUCCCACAGAGUACUGGACAGAACGUCAAGCAAACUCCCCAGAAGCCUAAUUUACACUCUUCUCAGAAGAGUUCUCAAGGAAGUCUUGGCCCAAUUUCCAAACAGCCGCCUCUACAACCUUCCCACCAAGGGGCCUCCCAGAAUACCAAGCAGAUGUCCUGUGGAAUAAAGCAAACGGAGAAAGAGGUUGCAAAAGGUCAAGCUCUGAGACACAAAGUAGGCCAGCAAGUAAGCUCACCUGCUGAGAAGACGAAGGGAGUUGGCAAGAAUACGUUGGACAUGAAGGGCGAUAGAAUUCGCAGUCAGCCAAAGGAUAAAUUAUCCGACAAAAAGGAAAAGAAGAAACUGGAUGACUCGGUUAGAGUACCAGGGAAAGACCGCAACAAGUCGACCACAAAGCACGGGAAGGGAGACAAGUCAAUAUCCAGGAGAACACGUGGUGACAAGAGCCAUGACAAAGGAAAUAAGCCACCCAAGAAUUCACACGGCAACCAUUCCAAGCUCGAUGGGAAAUUGAUCGCAGGAGCGGCGGUGGGAGCCGUGGGAGCAGGUGUUAUGACAUAUGUUAUCAAUAACAGCCAUUCGGUACAACAAAACGCCGUGUACGAAGGAGGCCAUGGGCACGAAUCAGAUGCCAGCUUAUCUCCUUACACCACUGAUACAGAAUCCAAUUCUUCCGACUGGGUCUCAGGCGGUGAAGAUCCGGUUACAUCUUCGAAUGAGGAAAUGAGCACACAGGAAAAUGAGCCCCCCAAGAGAGAGGACGGAGAAGCCAACUUUCUAUCUACGCGCAGUUCCUCCCCAAGCAACGUCACGAUGGACUACAGCAAGAACAACAUCACCAUUAACAACAUCAACAAUAUUAAUAAUGUCAAUAACACCAACGACGUCUGGCUGGAAAAACAUCCAGGUCUUGAUUCGACCCAGCAAAGUCCUCAUGACAUGGGUGGACAGGCUUCUCCAGUGGCUGAACAACCCAUCACUGCAGAGUCAGAGCUUCUGGGUUCUGGUGUCAUAGACCUCCCAGUGUCACGGUAUGGCUUAUUAUCUCCAGAGGAACCAAUUUUCGACUAUGGCGAAUCUAAAGCCUCCCAAUCUUCCUCGGUCCAACCUCAAGCUGGUUUCAAUGAAGAAACUAGACCAGGCGAGGCUGAUAUCGGUUUGCAUACGUCUCACAAUGGCUGGCUUCGAGAAUCUAACCUGAGCGGUCAAGUCUCCGGGCCUGACUCUUUCCAAGCCCCGUAUCACCAUACCGAGGCUGGCCCUUGGCCUACUUCUACUGAAUACUCAUAUGCCGGCGGUACAAGUUCGGUCACCGAGGCGCUCCAGCGAUCAUCACCUGCGGCUGAAGCACAAGGGGGCUUUGAAACGAAAUCUAGAAACGAUCCACAAGGUCCCAACCAAGUAUCCGACAUAUUUGGAUCUCAAUCACAAUGCGGUGACUUAACGUCCAAUUCAGAGCCAGAUAAAUAUCAAAUAUAUGCAGAGUCUAUAGACUGGCUCGGCAUUCGCCCAGCUUCACCCCCAAGUAACCCUACCGUGGUAAAUGCUCCUUCGUCAGUCCCUGUUAACUCAGGCAACCGUACGGAUCACCUACACACCGACCCGGAACAGGAACAGAGAAAAGUCGACUCGAGUUCCAAGACAAAGGAACACUCGUCCAAUACUGCUCUUGCACUUGGCGCUGUCGGUGGUGUUGGCUUAGCGAGUCUCGGACUAGCAGCAGCCAUUGGCAACGAUCAUUUGCCAUGGGAACCAGAACACGAUGUUCAGGCGAUGACUGCCGAUCAAUUUGAUCAGCCAGGCUAUUACUAUGGGGACACGACAGACAAUGACUCCGUUCACGGCAACUCUCAUGCGAUGGAGGAAGCCAACGUUGAAAAUCUGUACGACGGGCAAGGCUGGGGUGAUGCAUCAUCCGAUAGUUCGGACAAUGAGCUGGCUCCGGACUGUAGAGACGAGUAUACUCCUGCGUCUUUCGGUGAUGAAACAGAUACUUUCUACGAUCACAAUCAAUAUUCAGGCAACUAUGAUAUCUCUAUCGAUGCAUCGGGAUCUGUUCAAGGUUCUUGGGAUGGCAAUCAGUACAUCCACGAAAAUGAAGCUCAUGGCGAGGAGACGUGGCUUGAUGAUGAGGCAAAUCCUCAUUUUGAUAGAUACAGUGAAGUGAUUAGAGACAACGAAGAUAACCAAUAUGGUCAGAGAUUGGAUGAUCCAUAUGGCAAUCAGGAGAUUGAGAGUGAGAAUGGUGGCAUUUGGGAUGAGAAUCAUCCUACAGCCGAAUCGGAAGACGGUGAUGGGAAUCCCAACAACAUUGACGAAGAGACUUACGAUGAACAACCCGAUUACAACGACAUCUCCACUAAUACCUGGCAUGCCGAUGACAAUGAAAAUGAAAUUUCUCACUCAAGUAGUGACGAUGAGGAUGUGGGUGAUGCCAUUGGCGACGAGUUUGGCACCUGGAACAAUAAUCCCAGCGAUGGCUGGCAGAGCGAUGGGCAGGAGCAAGGCCACUUUGAGCAGCAAGAUUAUCAAGACGAUGGUCAAGAUAACAUUUCUGAUCUCGGAUAUCAUGAGCAAGACAAUUAUUUUGAAGCAAACGAUGACUCCGGGUCUAACAGCGAUGAAGAUCUAGAAAAUGAUAGCUCUGAGACUUACGAGGAGCCUGAACCUGAGGAUGGGCUUGGACUAGAUGAGGUGGAAGAGGAAGUGAGUGAGGGAGUCGAAGAUAUUGUAGGAUAUGGAGGAUAUGAAGAAGAGGGAGAGGAGGGAGAGGAAGGAGAGCAGGAUGAAGCUGUAGGAUAUGAAGGAUAUGAAGAACAGGGAGAGGAGGGAGAGGAGGAGGAAGUUAUGAGAUAUGGAGGAUAUGAAGGGUAUGGAGAAUAUGAAGAACAGGGAGAGGGGGGAGGAGAAGAGGAAGUUGUAGGAUAUAGAGGAUAUGAAGGAGAUGAACAGGGAGAGGAGGGAGAAGAGGAGGGAGAGCAGGAUGAAGCUGUAGGAUAUGAAGGAUAUGGAGGAUAUGGAGGAUAUGAAGAACAGGGAGAGAGGGGAGAAGAGGAGGGAGUUGUAGGAUAUGGAGGAUAUGAAGGGUAUGGAGGAUAUGAAGAACAGGGAGAGGGGGGAGGAGAAGAGGAAGUUGUAGGAUAUAGAGGAUAUGAAGGAGAUGAACAGGGAGAGGAGGGAGAAGAGGAGGGAGAGCAGGAUGAAGCUGUAGGAUAUGAAGGAUAUGGAGGAUAUGGAGGAUAUGAAGAACAGGGAGAGGGGGGAGAAGAGGAGGGAGUUGUAGGAUAUGGAGGAUAUGAAGGUUAUGGAGGUUAUGAAGAAGAGGGAGAGGAGGGAGAGGAGGAGGAAGUUGUAGGAUAUGGAGGAUAUGGAGGAUACGAAGGAUAUGGAGGAUACGAAGGAUAUAGAGGAUACGAAGGAUAUGAAGAAGAGAACAAUGAUGGAUGUUAG